UUACACCGGUGGCAGGGCAGGGCACAGAGGUAGACUUUCUGUUGGAGCACACAGACACACGCUGAAACAGUAGACGUCCCCUUAUGCAUUUUUAAAAGCUCAGCAGAUGAUGGGAACAGUUUGGUUGGGACAGUUUGUCCACAGAUAGAGUGACCGAGUGAUCAGCUGUGAAUGCUAUUGCCCAUUAUUGACCUGGAAAGUGCUCCGUUGUACUCCGUUACCUGAAAAGGGGGAUUCCUUUCUCUUCUUGCUGCCACAUCCCACACACCUUUCCCCUUCAGAGGUUUAGCAGGAUAAUAGCAUGCCCGGCUCUAGUGGUGUGAAUGUGGAAGGCUCUUGUGAGGCUCUGUGUCGAACCCUGGUGUCUCAAAACGGUCUGCAGAGAGAGACAGCCGACAUCUCCCAGUCUGUGCUCUACACGUCCCUGAUGGGUCUUCUUCUGGUUGCUGACAAUGAGAAAGAGCCACUUGCCUUAGGAAGUGGAAGAGUUGGCCUUAGAAACAUAGGGAACACAUGUUUCCUGAACGCAGUGGUCCAGUGUUUGUCUCAUACCUCUGGCCUGAGAAACUAUUGUCUCCUCCAGUCUUACAAGCAUGAGAAGUUCUCCAAAGAAGAUGCUAAGCUCAUGGAAGCUUUCUCCCAGGUGCUGUCAGGCCUUUGGGAUGUAAAUGAACGAAACACAGUUGUAAAUCCUCGACAGUUUUACAGCAUUUUCAAAGGAGCAGUGCCUUACUUCAGUGGAUACAGUCAACAGGAUGCUCAGGAGUUUCUCAGGUUCCUACUGGACAAGCUGCAUACUGAAAUAAAUCGCAGACCCUACGUCAGGAAAACAGGGAAGGAGCCCGAACAAAAAUAUGCCAGAUUCAGGCUUUCAGAAGAAGCUGCUGCCAUGUGGAAGAAGCACUUGGAGAGGGAUGACAGUACAAUAGUAGACCUGUUCUCAGGCCAGCUGCGGAGCUCGCUGAACUGCUCGGUGUGCUCGCACUACUCCAACACGUUUGAUGUGUUCUGUGAUCUGUCACUGCCCAUCCCCAAGAGGAGCUUUGGAGGGGAGGUAACACUGCAGGAGUGCCUGGACCUCUUCUCUCAGGAGGAGAGACUGGACAAGGAUAAUUCGCCGAUGUGCGAGAGGUGUAACAGACGUACAGAGUGCACGAAGCGGCUGACCAUCCGGAGGUUUCCCCAGGUUAUAGUGAUCCAUCUGAAUCGCUUCACAACAUCACGGUGGUCUAUCAGUAAAAGCACAGUGUAUGUGUCUUUCCCACUCACAGGCCUGGACCUUGGAGCCUACGGACCCAUCGACUGUGGCUCGGUCCUGUAUGAUUUAUAUGCAAUUUGUAACCAUGCUGGGACAGUGAACAUGGGCCAUUACACAGCCUGCUGUUUGGAUGAAAAUGGCUGGUGCUUCUACAAUGAUUCCAGCGUGUCCCCACUCACAGAGAACCAGCUUCAGACCAAUCAAGCCUACGUGUUGUUCUACCAGCGCAGCAACAGCACUGCCACCAUCAGGAAAUAGACCUGCGACUGGCUGAGCCAGGCAGCCAAUCAGAGCAACCUUACCUCCAGCAUCUAUAGAAACAAAUGGAAGCAGCUGUAAAAACCUCUCGGUCUCAAUGAACAAGCCCUCAAACUGCAAGGAGAAGGAUGAGAGAGAAGCCAUGCUCGCUUUAACGGGAAUGAACUCUGGAGCGUGCUUUUGCAGCAUCUCAGUCGGAAACUGAGACAGCUCAGAAAGACCAUAGCCUUAAGAGUCAUCCUAGAUCUCAGGCAGGAGUGAGUGAUGUACUUACACAUCAUGCAAAGCUCUAUAUGAUAAUCAUGAUUUAUGCUUGCUAAUGUAAACCCAAAUAAAUAAAAAAUGUUAAUGGAAUGGAAAUUAAGAAACAUUUCAUGACGUGACACAGAUGUGUAUGAAAAAGUUUCAGAUUCUAAAGUUUAUUGAUUUUUCUGUCAAUGAAAAGAAAUAUAGUACACCCUGCUUCUUUGUUGAUUAUAGCUGGGUUAUGCUCAAGUCAACCCCAUAACCCUUAACUGGAUAGAUAGAUGGGUGGAUGGACAAAUCGAUGCUCAAACAGGUUAAAUAAAAAUGUUACAUCCCUGCAAAGGAGCUGCAAGACAGAUGGCUGAUGGGGAGAGUUUUUGCACAAAAAAAAAAGUGAUUUACCUUCACAUGUGACCCCAUCAGUCGAUAUAUAAAGUAGGAAAAGCAACAUCUGGAGAUGCCAGGGGUGUUUUGGAAACUAGAGUUGUGGACAGAUUAGGUAAAAAUUAAACUCAACAAAAGUAUGUUUGUGUAUAUGGGGAGAAGAGGGCCAGCAUUGUGUAUUAUUGUUGGGAGUUUAAUUGUAUGUAUAUUUGCAGUGGAUUAGAAAACUGCAUUUAUUAUUG